AUGAAAGUUUUAUUAUUAUUUUUGAGCUUUCUCGUUGUGUCAUCUUGUUUUGAGAAUGAUGCAUUAAACGUCAGUCGUCACGAGAAUGAAAAAAAUAAAAAUACCUUCCAAAGCUCUUCACUUUUAAAGACUUUUGAAAGAGAAAAAUUAAUUGAGCUAAGAAAAUUCCUUUUGGAUUUCGGAGAAUACAAUGAGAUUCUCGACAACACAAACAUCACACAACAGUGCAAGAUUGAUUUUCAAGAAUAUCUCAAGAAUCUUAUGAACUUUGAGUUAUGGGCUCUUGAAAUGUACGAUUCGUCUGCCAAAAUCUCAUCCGGACUGCUAAGUGGGAAUAUCAACAAUUUUGGUGAUUUCGAUGAAUGUUUGCAUGUUCAACAAUCUAUCAAUGGGAUAAGAGGCCAAUACUGUCUCGCAUAUAUUAAAAUCAAUGUACCGCAAGAUAUGUUACACGUGAGACGAUUGAAAGAGCUUUCACAUUCACUUGAAACGUUCCAAAGCAAUUUCACAAAAGGGCUUGAUGAUCUGUACCAUUACAUUCCGAUAUUUUCGUCAUUUCUUUGGUCAUCGUGUCUUCCGUCAACAUGCAGUUACACAGAGUUUAUUCAAGUUGUUCAAGGCCAGUUUAAUAAGUUUUUAAAUGGAACCGACAUCCAAGCAGAAGUAAAGAGUGAAAAUAAUCUUUGCCAAUCACAAAUGAAUACAAUGACGCUUUCAACAAGUACCAAUGUCGUUCUAUUUUUUGUUGCAGCCCUUGUUGUUAUUAUUAUUGUCACGACACUCUAUGACUUCAUGGCGCUGAAUCCUGAAGACACAAAUGGGACUAUUACGUCUUCGUUCUCUUUGGUCAGAAAUUGGAAAGAAUUAAUGACUGUUGAUGAAUAUGACGAGAAUGAUGUACGAUCGGUACACGGCAUUCGUUUCGUUGCUGUUUUAAUGAUUUUCAUCUCCCACAAAAGCUUCUUCAUUUACUUCUAUCCAAUGGCAAAUCGAACGAACUUGAUAGCAGAAACUUUUAAAGGAUCAACUGUUCUUAUUAGAGCAGGGUUUCUAUAUACUGAGCUUUUUCUCAUGAUAAGUGGAUUUUUGGCGGCUUAUUCUCUGCUUCGGCGAUUAGAAGAAAGAAAGAAAAUUAAUUUUCUGAAAGAAUAUUUCGACAGAUACUUGAGGAUCAUGCCUUCAGUGCUUGCUUUGAUUCUCUUUACUUCACACAUCAUGCCAUACAUUGGAUCAGGUCCAUUAUAUAAAAUAUUAACGGAAAGAGAAGCGGAACUGUGCAGUAAAUAUUGGUGGAGAAAUUUACUCUUCAUCAACAUUUGGUUUGGUGUUAGACCGAUGUGUGGCUUCCAUACCCAGCAUGUUUCAAUCGAUUUUGAAUUGUUUCUUGUUGCGCCAUUUUUCGUCGCUUUUAUUUAUAAAUUGCCGAAGAAAGGAAUAAAGUUUUUAAUAGCAACUGCCAUCGUUUCAAGUGUUGCUAAAUGUCUUGUCGCUUACCAAAAUAAUCUUUCCGAGUUCAUUAUACAUGGAUUAACUUCUAGACAAUUAUUUGAAACAGCAGAUUUAAUGUACAUUUUACCACAAUUUCGUUUCACAUCAUACGCAAUGGGAAUUCUUGCUGGUUGUGUGAUAAAACGAGCUCGAGAUGUAAAAAUUUCAUUAACACAAUUAUAUUCACUUUGGACUUUAACUUUAUCAGCAAUGUUUUUGAGUCUUACACUUGCUUCCAAAUUAACAGCUCAGGAUUACCAAUACAAUCCACUUCAUGCUUCUGCUAUGACAUUUCUGCCGAUUCCAUUUUGUUUCUUUUUCAUUUUAAUCAUUUUCACCAGUGAGAUGAAAUAUUCCAAUUUUCUAACAAACUUCCUUGAAUGGAAAGGAUUCAAAGUAACAACUAAGCUGUCGUAUAGUUUCUACCUUGUCCAAUUCGUUGUCUUUAGUUACAAUACUGGAAGUGCUCGAGGUUCAACAUUUUACAAUCUAAUUCAAACCGGUAUUGAUUGUGACGAGUUAGUUUUUAUUUUACUUGGAACUUUUCUUCUGACGCUUUGUGUUGAGAUUCCUGUUAAGAAUUUAAGGAAGUCAUUAUUCAGGGAUAGAAUUGUGAUCAGAUUCAUUGAAGUUUUAAGCAAGCAAUAUAUGAAAUUGGAGAGGCCAUUUGACUUAUCUCACAUAUCAAACAUUACAAGUGAAUGUCGUGCAGAUUCACACAAAUUUAUUGAAGCGUUGAAGAAAUUUGAAUUGUGGGCUUUGAAAAUGCACGAUGCAACUGCAAAAAUUUCUUCCGGCCUCCUUAACGGCAACCCUGGACAUCGAGUUCCACGGUAUUCAACGAUCAAUUGGGGAAUUUGCGUUCCCUCAUCAUGUACACAUCAAGAUGUUGAAGUUGCUUUAACUUAUUACAUAAAAAGAUUUACAAGCGGAACUGGAAUCAAUGUUGACAUAAGAGUUGAAAAGACAAUGUGUCAAGUCAAAGAUAGAAAAUGGUUUAUGAAUUUGACUCAAUCAACAAUCAUUGCGAUUUCUUCAAUGAUUAUUCUUCUUCUUAUUAUUUUGGGAUCAACUUUCUACGACUACAAUUCGCCAAUCGAGUCCAAAAGCCAAUUAUUGACGUCAUUUUCAUUCAUCAGAAACAUGAGAAGUUUAACAACAAUCAGACAUGAGUCAGGUGAAAUUAAAGUCGCUCAUGCUAUUAGAUUUUUCAACGCUAUCAUGCUUGUCGUGGCUCACAAAUGCAUGGCGUUGUUUUUCAAUCCUUAUUCAAAUAGAACUGACAUGACAGAAAUGCUUGGCAAACCUUGGACAGUUCUGGCACGAGCUGCAUCGCUUUACACUGAUCCUUUUUUAAUGUUAAGUGGAAUGUUAACUGCACACUCACUGAUUGGCAAACUUCAGCGUGGUCAUCGAAUAAAUAUUUUGAAGGAAUACUUGGGACGAUACUUACGAAUUAUGCCAUCCUUAGCUUUUCUUAUUGCUUUCUGUACUUUCAUUUUACCACUGCUUGGUGAUGGUCCACAGUGGAAUCUUGUCGUGACACAUCAUUCAGACAUUUGCAAGAAUUAUUGGUGGAGAAAUCUUCUCUUCAUUCAUAAUUGGUUUGGAUUCUCAAACUUAUGUCUCACGCACACGCAUCACCUUGGAAUCGAUACGGAAUUGUUUUGGAUAUCACCUUUCCUGAUUCUGACACUUUGGAAGUGGCCUAAAAAAGGAAUGAAAAUGUUAUUUGGACUGGCAGCUUUAUCAACAAUUGCGCGUUAUUAUGUCACAUUCAAAUAUGACUUGUCGAACUACGUCUUCUACGGCACAAGCAUUAAACAAAUGUUUGAGACGGCUGAUAUAAUGUACAUCAAUCCAUUACAUAGAUUUACUGUCUACGCUAUGGGAAUUAGCCUUGGAUACAUUUUACAAAUGUUCAAAGAUUACAAACUAUCAGAACAGCAGUUAAAAAUUGGUUGGUAUGUGAGCAUAGCGUCAAUUUUACUUGCAUUUUUUGGACCAGCGCCAAUGGGUGACAUUGAUUACAAAUUCAAUGCUACUCAUGCUGCACAUUAUGCCGCUUUGGCUCCUAUUGCUUGGUGCAUGUUUUUUGGAUGGGUGAUUCUCGUCUCUCAACUUGGACAUAAAAAUAAAUUUAUCAGCGUUCUAGAGUGGAAAGGAUUUUCAUUUUGCACCAAAUUAUCGUAUGGUUUAUAUCUCACUCAGUUCCCAGUGUUCUUCUACAAUGUCGGAAAAGUGCGGUCGCCCAUUCAAUACAAUUUCUUUAACAUUAUUCUCAGCACGAACGAGUUUAUCUGCAUAAUCGCUGUAACGAUUGCCUUGACUUUGUUUGUUGAAAUGCCGUGCAAUAAUUUAAAGACACUUUUGUUCGAUAAGAAGAGAGUUCCAAGAAGUGAAAAGAAACAAUUAGAUCUUAAUUCAAAUAUAAAAGUUUCGGUUGGUGACGUUUGUGAGAAAAUAAAUAAAAUGUUAAUUAAAACUGUCGUAAUAUUAUUUUAUGUGAACUUUUGUUUUGGUUAUACAAGAGAUGUUAAUUUCAAAAUCAACGAAAAUGAAACAAUUGUGGAUCUUUUGACACGAUCCAUGGAAAUCACUGAUUAUAUUGUGCCAGAAAUUGAUGGAGAAGAUUUCAUCAACAUUUUGAGUCCAAAAAUUAUGGAAUUACAACCACCAUUUGAUUUGUCAUCGUACAAUGUUUCAUUGAAGUGCCAACAAUCUUCAGAAGAAUUUAUGAUUGCGUUAAACAAAUUUGAGCUUUGGGCAUUGAGAAUGUACGAUGCGAGUGCGAAGCUUACGAGCGGAAUUCUCAAUGGAAAUGUUAAUCAAUUUGGGGAUUUCGACCAAUGCUUGGAAACAAUUAUCGAAAAGAAAUCAUUUCAAGCUCAAUAUUGUCUCGCUUACAUUCAGCCAUCGGUUUCGUCAAAUUUCAAGUAUCUUAAUUAUUUACGGACUUUGGCGUUAUCUUUUGAAGCAUACAAAAGUAAAUUUGAAGACCCAAGUCAUGUUGUACCAAAAACGUCACAAAUUCAAUGGGCUUUUUGCAUUCCUUCAACAUGCACACAUGAAGAACUUCAACAUGUUUUACAGCAAAAACUCAAAACGUUUGUCAACAGUUCGAUCAUUAAUUUUGAUGUUGAAGUUAAGAAAGAAAUGUGCCAGAUAAGAGAAGAGAGCAAGGAAUACGAUUUAGGGACUAAACUUGCUUUAUAUUUCGUUGCAUUUGUUGCAAUAAUUACUUUACUCUCGACGUUUUAUGAAACAUAUUCAGCAUCUGAAAGUCAAAAUGAAUGGUUGACAGCAUUUUCUUUAAAAAAGAAUUUAAAGGACAUGAUGUCGAUUGAAGUUCCGAAAGGCGACAUUGCAUCACCUCAUGGUAUCAGAUUAUUCAGCACGAUUAUGUUGAUACUUUCACAUAGAUCAAUGGAAGUUGAGUUUAACCCAGUGGUUAACAGAACUCAAAUCUCACUUAUGGCUAGAACACCAAUUACUGUCUUAUUUCGAGGAAGUUAUUUGUACACGGACACGUUUCUGAUGUUGAGUGGAAUGUUAGUUGCAUAUUCAUUUAUUGGAAGACUUCAACGUGGACAAAAUAUUAACGUUCUUAAGGAAAUUGCUGCUCGAUACUUCCGAGUUGUGCCUCCAAUGGCAGCUCUCUUAUUAUUCGGAACUUUUAUUUUGCCACUUCUUGGAGAUGGACCGCAAUGGAACAUGCUGAUUACCAAUCAAUCAGAGAUAUGCAAACAAACUUGGUGGAGAAAUUUUCUGAUGAUUCACAAUUGGUUUGGCUUUGAAAAUAUUUGCAUGACGCACACACAUCACGUCGGAACCGACUUCAGUCUUUUUCUCAUCGCUCCUUUCAUGAUUAUGUGUCUACACAAAUAUCCAAAGAAGUCGAUGAGUGUAAUUUUCAUACUUGCUUUGAUAUCAACGAUCGGAAGAUUUUACAUAACUUAUGCUCGAGACAUGACUGUUUAUGUUUUAUUUGGAAUUGAGUAUGGUUGA